UUAUCUGGUUGGUGGAUAUAGUAAUUGCAUGUUUUUUUUUUCCACAGGAGUGGGUAAGUAACUGCAGAGGCAAACCUUGAGUGGCCACUAGGCAUACACAUCACCAGAAAAAGGGACUAAUGAAUUGAAUCAGAGAAAAAGAGAAAGAUAUAGGGGAGAGAGAGAGAGAUAGAAUAACAUGGAGGCUUGUUUUCUUACCUCAAGAUCACUCUCUGGUAACAAAGAGCUUGUCCCGUUCAUCAAAUCCAGAAUCUUUUCUUGCCCCAAGAAAAAUUCCAGCCAGUUUCUCACCAGGAAGGUUGCUUCCCCAAUCUCUGUAAAUUGUUCCCUCUCGGAUUCAUGGAAGCCACUGGACGACGAUGCUGAUCUUUUCAGGGAUUGUGUCAAUAACUCUACAGCAGAUGCUGAUUGGAGAGAAUUCAGGGCAAGGCUUGUUGCUGGGGAAGAAGCUGCAACAUCCGAGAUGGAUCCUUCCUCGUGGUCUAACCCGGACAUGGUGGUGGACUAUCCGUCAUCAUCGUCUUCACAGAUCACAAUAGGAACCAAAUGGGCACACAAGAUCCAUGAGCCAGAGACAGGCUGCCUUCUAAUCGCCACAGAGAAGCUAGACGGUGUCCACAUCUUCGAAAAGACUGUGAUCCUCCUCCUCUCUGUUGGACCCUCAGGUCCUAUAGGAGUCAUCCUCAACCGUCCAUCGCUGAUGUCGAUUAAGGAGACGAAGUCAACGGUUCUAGACAUGGCAGGAACGUUUUCAGACAAAAGACUCUUCUUUGGUGGACCUUUGGAAGAAGGGUUGUUCUUGGUGAGUCCGAGGAGUGGUGGAGACAACGAAGUUGGUAAGAGCGGAGUGUUCAGACAAGUGAUGAAAGGAUUGUACUACGGGACAAGAGAGAGUGUAGGAUUGGCUGCAGAAAUGGUGAAGAGAAAUUUAGUUGGAAGAAGUGAGCUUAGAUUCUUUGAUGGGUACUGUGGUUGGGAGAAAGAGCAGUUGAAAGCAGAGAUCUUGGGAGGGUACUGGACAGUUGCUGCUUGUAGCUCUAGUGUUGUUGAGCUUGGUUCAGCUGUCAAAAGUCAUAGUCUUUGGGAUGAGGUUCUUGGACUUAUUGGGCCUCAAACAGGCUCUGUUAUCUAAACAUUGUUUUUUUUUGUAAUGCUUUUCACUAAUGUAAUAUGGUAUGACUUUUGUGUGUUUAUCAAUGUGUCUAUUAAAAAAAUCCAUCACUAAUUUAAA